AUGCCGCCAUUGUCUUCAUUCCCUGCCAGCCCUCUGGAGAUGAGCAACCGCGAUCGUCUCAGGCUGGGCUUUGCCGCUGGUGCUGCCAAAGACAAUCGAGAGAGUAGAACUCGGGAGGCCUCACAGGAGCCAGCAGCAGAACAAGAGCUUGUCUCUGCACCAAUGCGCAGUUUGUUCGAGGUUACCAAGCUGAGAAACAUUCGAAGUGACGUGCCGCAGCAGAGGAGUACAAGGACCCCGGAGGAUGAUCUGAUAUCUCGCGGCGCCCUCCCUCACCAUGUGGCCAGGGAACUGUUUUCAUUUUUUGACAGGACCAUGAAUCAUAUCUUGUGGGGAGGAAUCGCUCUUAUUCAUCGGGACCUUGAGUCUGCUCGGAGAUCUUCCUCGCUCCUUUGUGCAGCCAUCCUCGCCGUGGCAGCCCUGCACAUUCCUCAGGGGGAUGAGAUCUUUGAGUUUUGCUACGCCGAGUUUGUGUCGUUGGUGUCUGGGUCCAUCAUUUGUCGCGACCACAACCUUGACGAUAUUCGCGCUCUUUGCAUCGGUGCCUUUUGGCUCUCGGAUCUCAGCUGGAAACUAUCCGGUGUGGCUGUUCGCAUCGCAACCGAGCUCAAUCUCCACCAAGCUUUCCAUAAGAUGCAACGAGGUGAGCCUGAUCAGUAUGAGCGAGCGCAAUUAUGGUAUCUCCUCUACGUUUGUGACCAUCACUACAGCAUUGCAUAUGGUCGUCCUCCCGUCAUACACGACAAUGCGGCAAUCAAAGGCUAUGAAGCCUUUCUGAAUGCUCCAAUAGCCGGGCCAGCAGAUAUGAGACUGAUGGCUCAGGUGGCCCUGUUCAUUACUCUGACCAACACAUAUCACACCUUUGGGUCUGACAGCCAACAACCACUGGACGAGGAGGAUUUCACUACUUUAAGAGCAUUCUGCCUAGAAGUGGAAGGGUGGCGGAUGAAAUGGCAACCUAGAAUAGCGCCGAACCCAUAUGUUGGUAGUUAUCCAUCAAAAGGCAUUGUACUGCAUUACCAUUUCGCCAAGUUACAACUCAAUUCUCUUGCUUUGCGGGCCAUAUCACCAAACCAUCAGUUCUCUCUAGAUCGCAGAGAGGCGGCCAAUUCAGCUAUUGCUUCUGCUAUGUCGACCAUGAACUUGGUUCUUCAUGAGCCUGAUAUCCGCAAUGCCGUGGCCCAUGUAACCCUGUUCAAGCACACCAUGAUAGCGUUCGCAGCCGUCUUUCUACUCAAGGUUGUGUGGAGUUGGAACUCCGCCUCGCUCAACAUCGAGAGACGUCAAGUUUUGGACCUUGUUCAAGCCGUUGUGGAUUUGAUGUCAAGUGUCCAAGCCAGUCGAAGACAUUUAUGUCGCCACAUUGCAACUGGAUUGAGCAAGAUGAUCUCCAGGCUAAAGACCAAACUCUUGCCCCAACCACGUCUUGAUGGAGACGAUACUUUCCACAUCACCACGAUUAUAGACGACAAUUCCUACGGUUCAAUCAGUGAGAGCGUCUCAGAUGCUUUUGGGAUUGAAGAUGACUGGAUGCUCACAUCGUCUAUAGACCCAUUUGGCUUUUCCAUUACAUGA